AUGAGCGGAUACGGAUAUGAUCAAAAUAUAUCGGAGGUGAAGAAAGUGGACAAGGAAGAGAAAAUAUUAUCACAAUAUAAGAGUCUAAACAGCCUUUCCGAUCGAUACUUUUUUGGAUUAAGAGACUUGUUGGAGACUGGAAAGAGGAAAUUAUGGGAGCCCUAUUUCCGAAAAGCCUUUGAAACAUUUACACAACUUUGGAAAUUCCAAUUGGAACAUCGCGCAGUGUUGGAGAAGAAUGGAUUGAAACGAUAUGAAAUAGGAUUCAUUGCCUCUCGUAUUGGACAACUCUACUAUUUAUACUAUCUUAGAACAGGCGACAUGAGAUGUUUGAAUGAAUCAUUUCGAUUUUACGAAGCAAUACACACAAGAGCUUAUUUUAAAAACAUGGACUUGGAGGAAGUGUUAGUUAAUUCCAUGUUGAGAUACUAUGCACGAUUUAUUGUUGUGUGCUUGUUUUUGAACAAGAGACAACAUAUCAACGAUAUUUUACCAGAGUUUAGCGACAGUAUUAACUUAUACUUAACACAUUUCAACAUUGCUGACAAAGGAGAACAGUGGUCUCUCGUUUUGGAAGAGCUUGAAAAUUUUUUGAAGGCAGAAACUAAGGUCACUAUUGAUCAAUCAAUAGAUCUCAUUCAAUAUCGGUCGAACACACCCAUACUAAAAUCCAAACACAAAAAACCCCAAUCUAUCCCAAAAUCAAAUAAUGGAAUACCAAAUUAUUUAUAUGAAACCCAGCCAAAAAGUGGUAACACCACUCCCUCAUCAGAAGAUUCCAGUUCCCCUUCAGAUAAUUCAAUAGAAGACACAAUUUUUUCUCAGCCUCAGUAUAAUGCAAUCAAACUAACUGAUGCAAUUCUUGUCACAAGCAGAAAGGUUACUGUCAAAUUUAGUGAGCUAUCUCUAGAUGUUUUAAGAAUAAUGCAGUCUUUGGAGAAAACAUCUAUGAAUGAAAAACAGUCUGCCAUACGCAAGCAGAUGUUAUACAGACCAUCAUGCUCUGACCUUUUAGUGCAUUUGGCCAAUACCUUGGAUUCAGAAUUUACCUCGGAUUUACCAUCAACAACUAAUGCAACAUUUUUAUACAUUUCUGCCGAUUCGUCGAAGUUUGGCAUUAUUCUUGACAGCAAACGUAGAAACACUACUUUUACGAUCGGUGAAAACGAUGAAGUUGAUACCAACCUUUUGAACUCAAAUUGUUUCACUAUUCAAGAUAUCAUUCCAUUCACAAGAAAACCACUUUUCAUGAUUUUCGAAAGCGAAAAUACUGCUACCUUAAUUCCCCAAGAUCAAGUCGAACACUCAUACUUUGUGUCGUUGUUUUCACCCAAGACGUACAUUUCCCAAAUACAUGAUUCUUCCACAACUGGAUCAUUUUUCACUUUUUUCCUUACAUCCCCCAUUCUUGCAUUCUUGUUUUUAUCGGGAGUAAAGAAUGUUGAGGGACGCACAUUCAAAGACUGCGAAAUUCUUGUGCAGAGUAGUUUUAACGAGCUCUACAAACUUCUUUCACAAGACGAAUAUUUGGAUGUAUCAAUCAAAGCGUUCCUGGAAAAUGAGAACACAAGAUCAUACAUUCUAAGAUUCAUGUUAUGUCACACGACGAUGAGACUGUUUAUUGAAAAGAAUUUAUUGCUCGAAUUUGACGAAAAUUCUGAACAAAAGAAAGAUUACUUGCCCUCUUCAUACCCUCCGAUUAAUUGCUUGAGCUCUGAAACAUCCGCUGAAACGACAUUACUUGUUAAAGUUGUCUCUCAGCUUGUGGAAAAACUUGAAAUCGACGACUCUCUAUUCUUCAAAUAA